CCCACUACCAUUCCGUCGAACAGCUUGCGAGCCCAACCCUAACCAGCACCCCGCGCUAAACCACCAUGCGAGGCCUCGGCGCCGCCGCCGCCGCCGCCGCCCGGCGGCACGCGAACCUCCCCUCAUACGCCGCCGCUUUCUCCUCCUUCUCCGGCAUCGGCGGAAGCGGUGGCGCUGGACGCGGGCGCGGGCGCGGCCUACCACCCUCCGCCUCCGCGCCGCAGCGCGCUCCCGGGCGCCCCAUUCCCGACGACGGCGACGACGAUGGCGCGGCGGAUCUCUUCGCCGCAGCGUCUUCCGCCGGCCGUGGCCGCGGGGAGCCCGCGAUCCCGCCCUCCCCCACCAUCCCGCCCUUCUCGUCCUUCUCCGGCGCCGGCCGCGGUCGUGGAUCGCCCCUGCCACCGCCGCCGUCCGUCCAAGAUGCCCCCAAGCAACCGACUUUCACCAAGCGGUUCGACUUCGGGCCCCCUUCAUCCGAUCCGGACCCGCCAACGACAGUUGCCUCCUCCUCCUCCUCCUCCGAACCACCGCGUUCGGUCCCUACCGCCGGCGCCGGCCGCGGCGUGCCGCGCGUGCAGCAACCGGCGGACAGAGCCCCCGAGGAGAACCGCUUCGUUCGACGUCGCGAGGCGAAGAAAGCGCCCGCCCCUUCCGCCCCAAGCGGGCAGCCGAAACUGGCCCCACAGGACGCCGUGAAGCGCGCUCUGGAGCUCCUUGCCCGUGGCGGCGACGGCGGACGCGGCAGAGGGGGACGCGGCCCCCGCGGGCGUGGCCGUGACGGUGGCCGCCGGCCUGCUGCGGCGGACGAGCGCGAUUCGCUCUUCUUUGGGGACAACGCUGACGGCGAGAAGCUCGAGAAGCGGCUCGGUGCGAAGAAGAUGGAGAUUUGGGACGCGGCGUUCAACGAGGCGGCAGAGCAGGCGCUGCCAGACCCAGAGGAGGAUGAUUAUUUGGAAGCUGUGCACACCAAUAACAUGAUUGAGUUUGAGCCAGAGUACCAUGUGAACUUUGGUAAUCCUGACAUUGAGGAGAAGCCGCCGAUGUCAUUAGAGGAGGUGCUGCAGAAAGUGAAGCCAUUUAUCGUUGCCUAUGAAGGCAUCAAGGACCAGGACGAAUGGGAGGAAGCCGUGAAAGAUGUCAUGGAAAGGGCACCCCAUAUGAAAGAGCUUAUAGACAUGUACAGUGGGCCUGAUGUCGUAUCUGCAAAACAGCAAGAAGAGGAGCUGCAAAGGGUUGCCCACACUCUUCCAGAGAGCAUACCUAACUCAGUAAAGCGGUUUACAGAUAAAACUUUACUCUCUCUUAAGAAUAAUCCUGGCUGGGGUUUUGACAAGAAAUGUCAAUUCAUGGACAAGUUUGUUCGUGAAGUUUCAGAACAAUACAAGUGAAAGCCUUCUGGUACAAUGUUGUAAGAUCUCAUUUUGCCCCUAAGAAGAUUUAGCAGAUUUUCCCUUUUUCAGAGAAGGUUUGAUGUUAUGUUCAAUUCAUGCUAUAUUCCCUUCUACUGGGAUGGUAGUUAGGCAAAUAAAAUCACUGGAAAACAUGGAUAUUUCUUCUAGGAGAUUUUCCUCUUGUCAUUUUUUGUUCUAGAAGUGCCAUCGCCAUUUGUUUAUGACAACUGAAACUCCCUUACCUCAAGGCACUGGUCGAAUUAUGAAUGCUUGAUUAAGGUGCUAAUCAAAUUAUGUAUGUUUGAAUUGAUCAGGGAGUGAUCUAUUUCCUGUACUA